CCGCUCGGUGGCGGCGGCGGCAGCGGUUGUCCCUGCCUCUCCGCCACCUCCACCUCGGCCUCUCUCGCGGCCUGCGGCGUUGGCGGGGAGGGGGAACAGUAGUUGUAGACGCCCGCCCCUGCCUCAGAGAAGACACCACAGCAAAUGAACAAAGAUUUGAACAUUUUAUAGAUACCUUUUAUAAAAGGUAAAUGUGGAGCAGUGCUUCAGUUUGAAUCACAGAGGAUUUCACUUUAUGAGUUGUUACACAGACUCACUAUUUGGAUAAAUUGUAUGCUAAAACACUGAAGCAAUUAAUAAGUGAAUAUGAUCAGAUUUCUCCACCAAGUUCUCAGCCUGAUAAGGAGAAUCUCUCGUUGUCAACCUAAUGAAGCAUUCAAUGAAGACAUAUGACUCUUUUCAAGAUGAACUUGAAGAUUAUAUCAAAGUGCAGAAAGCCAGAGGCUUAGAGCCAAAGACUUGUUUCAGAAAGAUGAGAGAGGACUAUUUGGAAACCUGUAGGUACAAAGAAGAGAUUGAUCAUAGACCCAGGUAUAGAAUGUUUGAUCAAAGACACCCAUCUGGAACUGUCCAGACCUACCCAAGAUCAUGCUCUAGUUCACAAACAGUGGAAAACCAGUUACCACAGUGGCUGCCUGCUCAUGACAACAGGCUGAGAUUAGACUCACUGAGCUAUUGUCAAUUCACCAGGGAGUGUUUCUCAGAAAAAGCAGUAGCCCUGAACCCUAGUCAGCAAGAAUAUAACUCUAGCUCAUACAGUGUAGAAUCUGGAGUUCAUAAGCAUCUCUCCCCAGAAAAUAAUACCAGUGCCCAUCAAGAUAGUCAUAAAAAGAUACAUCAGAAGAGAAAAAGACAUACAGAGGAAAGCAAAGAAAAACCCAAAGAGGAAAGGCUUAAGCAUAAGGAAAAAAAAGGUUUUGAGGAAAUAGAUUUAGACAAACACAAAGGCUACCAAAGAAAUAAAACAGAGUUGGAAACAGUCAAGGUCAGUACUGAAAAACUUAAGAAUCGAAAGGAGAAGAAAAGUCGAGAUGUAGCCUCUAAGAAAGAGGAACGUAAGCGUAGAAAAGAGAAAAAGGAACAAGGCAAAGAAAGGACAGAUGAAGAAAUGCUUUGGGACCAGUCUAUCCUUGGAUUUUGAAGCUCUUGAAUUGGUACUCCCAAGGUUCAGUUGAAAACUAGUUGAGGAACUUGGUUUUAAGAUGUUCAUGUUCAUAUCAUCUUCCUCAUGUGAACAGGUACUUUCACUUCUAACAAAGGCCAAGUUAGCAAGAAGUAGAUGCUUACUCUCCAUCAUGGAAAUUAAUUUAACUCACAUUCUAAAAACAUUAUUAUAUUUUUCUCACAUAUAGUUUCCCCUAUUGAGAGUGGCUCUUUUAUUCAUCAAAUUUCUAUAAUGGUGGAAGUAUUUUUUCCUUGGGAGGUUAUUUUAAAUCGGAAGAUUAAUAGGCUGUGCAGAAUCUAUUUCUUGAUUGGGUUUGUUUUCAUUUUGGGUGGGGUAGUUUUAUAUUCAUUAGUUUUCUCUAUGAAAAAAUUUAGGUUGAUUUUUUCGUUGUUACAUCUAACUUGCAGUGUAUUUUCUAGAUUGGGAAAUGGAAAAUUAAAUACAUUACAAUAAUAAACCUAGGAUACAAUAGUUCAAAAAGUUUCAAAGUUAACAUUCUAGAAGUCAGUUUAUAUUCCAGAAAUAUUUAUAAUAAAAUGUUCUAAUUUCUAAA